GUUGCCAUCACUGUCGCACCUACUCUGUGGCAACUGCCGAAGUCCAGGAGCACCAAGAGGAUGGAGUUGGAGAACGGCACCGUGAGGACUGAAUUCUUUCUCCUGGGAUUUAGUGACCACCCAGAACUUCAGACUGUUCUUUUUGCUGUGUUUUUUUCCAUCUACUCUGUUACCCUGAUGGGGAACCUUGGGAUGAUUUUAUUAAUCACGAGCAGUUCCUACUUGCACACCCCUAUGUAUUUUUUCCUCUGCACCUUGUCCUUCAUAGAUGCCUGCUACUCUUCUGUCAUUGCCCCCAAGUUACUGGUGGACUUGGUUUCUGAGCAAAAGGCCAUUUCUUUCCAUGGCUGUGCUGCACAGUUGUAUUUUUUUUGCUCUUUGGUUGACACAGAAUCUUUCCUCCUGGCUGUCAUGGCUUAUGACCGAUAUGUAGCAAUCUGCAACCCACUGCUUUAUACUGUUAUCAUGUCCAGGAGGGCUUGCUGCCAGCUUGCAGUCGGAGCAUUUUUGGGGGGCACCAUGAGCUCAAUUAUACACACCACUAAUACAUUCCAUCUGUCUUUCUGCUCCAAUGAAAUUAACCAUUUCUUUUGUGAUAUCUCCCCACUCUUCUCCCUGUCCUGCACGGACACGUACAUGCAUGACAUUAUUCUGGUUGUCUUUGCUAGCUUGGUGGAAGCUACCUGUCUUCUGACAGUUCUUCUCUCUUAUGUCUACAUCAUCAUAGCUAUUCUUGAAACAGGUUCUGCUGAGGGAAGAAGAAAAGGGUUUUCCACCUGCGCUUCCCAUCUGGCCGUGGUCACCAUCUACCAUGGUACCCUCAUCUCCAUUUAUUUGCGCCCCAGCACUGGUCAUUCACUGGAUAGUGACAAAGUGACCUCUGUGUUCUACACAUUGAUUAUUCCUAUGUUGAAUCCCCUAAUUUAUAGUCUAAGGAACAAAGAUGUCAAAAAUGCCUUUAGGAAAGUGAUUGGCCAAAAAAUGCCUUCUUAAGAAAGGAUGAAACUGGGCCUGACAUCUUUUCAACAAUGUUUGUCCCUUGAUCUUUGGUUUCAACUGUUGGAAAGGCCAGUUUCCCCAUUCUGUGGGCAACGAGGCCUCAUCCAAAAAUAGGGUCAGAGCCCAACAUCAGAGGCAAAGCAGUUCAUAUUACUUGCAUUAUGUCUGUCUUUCAAUCAUUUUAAAGUUGAGAUUGUUUACUAUUUCUUCCAGGGCUAGAUUUGCCCUUCACAUGAUCUGCUAUAUUUCAUAUUUUACUCCUUUUCUCUCCUCAUCCUAAAUUUUAUCACAUUCACUCAAUACUGGAUAA